CCUAUAUAUUAUCUGUAAAUAAGAUACUCAGGUUUAAAAUGAUGCCUGUUUUAAGUAUCAGAUACUCUGUGGUUGUUGGACAAAUAGUUGAAAAGAUGUCGGAUGAAGACGAAGCUCCAGUUGUGAAAAAGUCCAGAAUCUUCUAUGGAAGCCUCGAAGAAAAGGAGAAGGAGCGUCUCAGCCGGGAAGGAAUAUCUUCCGCUGCCAAAGAUGCUGUUAAAGCUGCCAUUGAGGCCGGACAUAUUAAUAUCUCCAGUGGUGAGUCUAUGGAGAUGGAGGAGCGUGUGAGUGAGCGACAGGCUGAAGUGCUGGCGGAGUUUGAGCGAAGGAAGCGAGCGAGACAAAUCACGGUCUCUACUGAUGAUGUAGAGGUCAAGGCCUGCCUCCGAGCUCUUGGCGAGCCAAUCACGCUGUUUGGGGAGGGGCCUGCAGAGAGACGAGAGAGACUGAGGAACAUUCUUUCAGUAGUUGGUCCUGAUGCCUUGAAGAAAUCAAAGAAAGAGGAUGAAAAAGCAAAACGGACUGCAGAUGAGUAUCAGCAGACGUGGUACCAUGAAGGACCUUCCUCUCUAAAAGAGGCGCGUAUUUGGUUAGCCAAGUAUUCCCUACCCAGAGCAGUGGAAAGGUUGGAUGCUGCGAGGGCACAAAAAGAGAUUCCAGAGUCGACGAGAACAGUUAAACAGCAAGAGCUUCACAAGACCCUGCGGAACGUGAAUAACUUCUGCAGCCAAAUUGGUGAUGACCGUCCAAUAUCUCACAGCCAGUUUAGCCCCAACUCUGAAUUGCUUGUGAAUUGCUUGUGGAGUGGCUUGUGUAAAUUGUGGAAAGUCCCAGAUUGUACACUUAUCCGCACAUUAAGAGGUCACAAUACCAAUGUGGGAGCAAUUAGCUUUCACCCUCAAGCCACACUCACACUCGAGGAGUCCGAUGUCAAUAUGGCCUCCUGUGCUGCGGAUGGAUCUGUUAAGCUGUGGAGUUUAGACAGUGAUGAGCCUGUAGCAGACAUUGAGGGGCACUCUAUGAGGGUGGCUCGGGUGGCCUGGCAUCCUUCUGGGCGGUUCCUGGGAACGACUUGCUAUGAUAACUCAUGGCGACUUUGGGAUCUUGAAGUCCAAGAAGAAAUUUUGCAUCAGGAGGGUCAUAGUAAAGGUGUCCAUGACCUGCACUUCCACCCAGAUGGCUCUCUGGCGGGAACUGGUGGUUUGGAUGCAUUUGCUCGUGUCUGGGACCUGCGGACUGGUCGUUGCAUCAUGUUUCUGGAAGGACACCACCAAGAGAUUUAUAGCAUCAAUUUCUCACCAAACGGCUUUCACGUAGCAACGGGAAGUGGAGAUAACACCUGUAAAGUGUGGGACCUUCGUCGUAGAAGGUGCAUGUACACAAUUCCUGCCCAUGAGAACCUUGUGUCUUCAGUCAAGUUCCAACCUAAUGACGGGCAUUUUCUGCUGACUGGUGCAUAUGACAGCACAGCCAAAGUGUGGACCCAUCCGGGCUGGUCACCUCUGAAGACUCUGGCGGGUCAUGAAGGGAAGGUCAUGGGGCUUGACCUUUCACCCAAUGGACAGCUCAUUGCCACCUGCUCUUAUGACAGAACCUUUAAACUCUGGAUGGCAGAAUGAGAUUCUGUUUGUCUCGAUGCGGUUUUUAUUUUUGCCCUACAGCUGGAAAACAACAAAGUUCAAUUAAAACAAAAAAUAGAAUCAGAUGUUCCCCACAAUCUGAAUUUUUGUAACAAGCAACACUUAUUUCCAGUGGACUGUGAAAUCCAAUCUGUGCAUUGUCCUGAAUUGUCUCUCAUGCCCAUGUAUCCUUUUCCAUUUUGAGUUUAGCAGAAUUUGACAUUACUGAUUCACUGGGUAUCCAAAUAAAAUGUAUUUUAUUGUCCCAGGC